AUGGAGCGCGAGCAAUUUCUCUCUGAUCUACAGUUUCAACAGAUAUUAUCUAUUAUGAACAAUAAAGGGGCAAAUCAAUCCUCCAAUCCUAAGGCCAAUGCUGCUGGUACUUCUUCAAGUUUGUCACAAGCACCGUUGCGCCUCCGUCGAUUAAUCCUUGAUAGUGUCGCAAACACUAUUUUACCGCCAGUUAUUAUGCCCAGUGGAGAACAGGCUCCAAUCACAUCUACUGAAACUUUACCUUUGAACUCUGUUAUUUCUCUUAAAAAUGUGCUUGGUGUGCCAUCUUUCAAGGACUUGACGACGAAGACGACGAUUGGUUUGGGUAAACAACGAGACGGACUUUAUUACUUGGUCGCAUUGGCGUCAGCAACACCGAGCCCUAAAUUCAGAUCCUCCGCUGCCAUUGCUAGCCAUCCAUCUUGUUCUCAUGUCACCUCCUCCACUGACUUGUGGCACCGCCGAUUAGGGCAUCUAUCUUCCUCUAGAUUAGAUUUUAUGGCAAAAAAUUUGCUCAAUUUUCCUUUCAAAUCCAAUAAUGCUUGUGAUACCGUUUGA